AAAGGCCGGGACGGUUAUUUCCGUAGGCAGCCAUUUUUCCAGCAUUUGAACUGCCGAGCGUCAGCGGUGUAAUUCUCCGCGCUUUGUUGUCCCUGACGACCGUCAACCCGUCUCGAUAACCACUUGCAACGCCUGGGUAGACAGAAAGAGCGCGAUGACGUCGUACCUGCCCUUCGCGCAGUCGAAUCUGUUCCGUACCAAGCGGAAAAUGUCGGGCCCCGUAGGCACUUGGGGCUCAUUGGACGAGAAGAACAUGGUAUCAAGGGCCGAUAUUAAUAGUACGCCGGUGUCUGUCGGAGGAGGAGGUCGAAGCCCUAGACACUGGUGUGACUCGGUUGACUACCGUGAGGUGGCGAGCUUCGUGCUGUUCGCACUUUACAUGGUGGCCGACGUGGGUCUCGGCGUCAUGGUUUGGGUCACUUUUUUCAAGUUCAUCAUCGAGCCCGACCAGCACCGCUCCCGCGCUACAUGGGGAGGCAUCUGGCUGCUUUUUGCCGGUACUUUCAUCUACGUGCGGCGCCUCGUGCGCUCACGCGUCGACAUCCACCUACGCGGCAUGAUGGACCACGCUGAGAUCUUCGUAGCCAUGUCUCUCGUCAUGGUCUUCUCCGUCAACAUUGCUUUCUACCUGCACGUGCCCGCCACGAUGCCGCUCAAGGACCUGGGGUUUAUGCUGAUACCAGAGCAAGGUCUCCACUCCAAGUGGCGGCCUGUGAGUGACAUCCUGACCGCCGGUGUGCCUGUCAUGUUCCUCUUGCAGACAAUUUUCAUGACACGCCCCAACCGCUGCCGCAUCGUGUCGUCUUUUUUCCGCAUUGCCACUAUCUGCUAUUUCCUCCGCAUGUUGACGGUAUCCAUGACGUCGCUGCCUGGCCCUGCACCUCACUGCCGCGCCGGCAGCUCCGACUACUUCCCUCCUACCACGUGGAUCGAUAUUGUCACUCGCGUCGGACCCAUUUACGGCAACUACAACUCUUGUGGUGACCUUAUCUUUUCGGGGCACAUGGCCUAUACAAUCUCGGCCGUACUGCUGUAUCUACGGACUCUGGAUCGCAAUUUCGCUGGCCGCACCGCCUCGAAGAUCCGCUGGGCGUGUGGCAUGGCGUACCUUACGAUCUUGGCGGCGCUGUGCAUCGCUGGCCGCAAGCACUACACGGUGGACGUUGUGCUGGGAUUGAUCAUUUCGACUCUAGUGUUUUUCCACUUCGAACACAGUUGGACACCGCUGUGCUUCCAGGUGCCGGAUGGGCUUUUACCAGUGGGCGAGCUGCAACGGAUCUAUGGCUCACAGUUCCGGAAGCGUUUCAGUAUGGACGUGCCUGACGAGGCGCUGAACGAACUGGACGACACCGAGGUAGAUGAGGAGGCCCGCCGACUGCUCAAGACUAACGCGUCGACGUACAACCAAGUGCAGCUCAUCUGCUAGCGACUACCUCGAAGUAUCUUUCGUGUUGCUUGACACAAAAUACGUUUCCAUUUUUUUUCGACCAAUGAUAAACACGGAGUGACGUGGCGCGUAAAGUUGACGCAAACAGCAACGUGGAGGUCAACUUGUUCACGAACCUGAAGCUGAUGACCAAUGGUCAAUCUUUGAUCAGUAUAGGUGCUGUUUAAACAACUUUGAUAUUACAGAAGUGUAUUUUCUGUGGU